GACAGAUCACAGAACAGACAAGAACAGAACACGGAACAAAUCGUGCCCGUCGUGCGGUAAUUGAGUGCAGCACCACAUGGUGACGGUGGUAAAAUGGCUUCGCUCGUUCCCUGCGUCGCUGUAAGAGGGUCCAAUGGUAUAAAUUUAGCAUAUGGUCCACCGUCCUAUGAACCUGUCAAAACAUUUUCCAAAGAUGACAACAAAAACUGUAAGACCAUGCUCUUUAGUUCAGAUGGUCAAUACUUUGCGUGGUCUAAUGCAUCUAAGGUUAAAAUCGUGCUGUGCAAGACGUGGCAGAUUGUCACAGAAAUCCAACGACCCAAAAUUUGUGCUCUUAAAUUCUCCAGUUAUAGCACUUACCUUGCGACUUGGGAACCAUCCUUUGUAACAAAAGAGGAGCCUCAAGGAUCACAAAAUUUUCGCAUAUGGAAGUCUGAAACAGGUGAACAAGUUCAACAUCUUAUCCAGAAGAGAAUGGGAGAUUGGGAGCCACAGUGGUCGAGUGACGAAACAUUCUUUGGAAUAUUGAAAGGAGGAAAUGUUCUUUUAUAUGAAAAUAACAACUUUGAUAGAUAUGUACACAAAAUAGGUAAAGGCAAUAUUGCCAAAUUUAGUAUAGCACCUGGUAACGCUCCCUACCACAUCCUUUGUUAUAUGCCAGGAAGCUCUGGUCAACCUUCCUUUGGAAGGUUAUUUAAAUAUCCAAAGUUUGAGAUUGGAGAAGCGAUCGCAAGCAAAAGCUUUUUCCAAGCAGAUAAAGUCGAUAUGUAUUGGAAUCAAUGUGGAACAAAUGUCUUAUUGAUGACAAACACAGAAGUUGAUAAGACUGGUGCAUCAUAUUAUGGAAAACAGACAUUGCAUCAUCUCAAUAUAAAAGGGGAAACUGCUAUGGUUAUGCUCAGUAAAGAAGGUCCUAUACAUGCAGUAGAAUGGUCUCCCAGGAACACAGAAUUCUGUGUGAUAUACGGUUUUAUGCCAUCUAAAACAACGUUGUUUAAUUGUAAAUGUGAAACUGUCUUUGAGUUUGGCAUGUUGUAUAGAAAUAGUAUAUAUUAUAAUCCACAUGGCAAUAUAUUGCUUUUGUCUGGAUUUGGUAAUCUCAGGAGCGGCAUAGAAUUAUGGGAUGUCAUUAACAGAAAACUUAUUGCUAAAACUGAUGCACCAGAUACUACACUGUUGCGGUGGUCACCAGAUGGAGAACAUUUCAUGACUGCAACUACAGCACCUAGAUUACGAAUUACCAAUGGAUUUAAGAUUUGGCAUUACACUGGCUCAUUGAUAUACCAACGACCAUGGAAUAACCAAGAAGAACUUUGGGAAGUAGCGUGGCAAAGUUUCCCUUCAAAUGUUUUCCCACAGAAACCUAUUAGUUACAAAGCAGUUGAGGGAAUUGUCACUAAUGAUAAUCAGUCGCAAGCACCAAAAGAAGCAUAUAGACCACCAUGUGCCAGAGGACAAAAUAUUACAUUUAAAUUACAUGAUGAUCUUGAGGCGCCUUCUAAAUCAAGUGAAUCAAAUCCAUCAAAAGCUGCAUUAAAAAUGAAGAAGAAUCGGGAAGCAAAAAAAGCUAAAAAAGAAUUAGAGUCUAACAAUCCAACUGAGCAUGUUUCAAGUACAACAACGAACAUAAAAAUAGAACUAACUGACGAUCCUGAAAAAAAUAAAAAAAUAAAAAAAAUAACAAGUAAAUUAGAUCAAAUUUCAAAAUUGAAAGAGCAGUUGAAAGCAGGAAAACAAUUAGAAAUCAAUCAAUUAGACAAGAUUAAAAAGGAAGAUGAAUUGCUAAAAGAACUUGAAGAGCUAACUUUAUGAUAAAUCAUCCAAAUAUUAAACAGAAUAACUCGAUAAACAGAAAAAGCUAUGACAGAAUGGCUUUUUUGAAGUAAAACGAUUGCAAGAGACACUUAUGAGUGAAAAACAAAUUGUUCAUUUCUGUAACUUGUAAAAAUAGCGAGAUUAUAUUGUGAGAAAUUUUGGAUACAAUCAAACCUGAAAAUAUCUCCUCUCGUCUCUCAUCAAUUACCGAUCGAUAUUGAAUGCAUGUAAAAAGUUCCAUCUUGACUGAAUCCAAGAAUUGUGUUCGUACACAUAAAUAAUAGCAGACAAUUAUAUUGUUUUAAUCAACAAAGAACUCUGCUAAUAGUAUUUAAUACUAGCGGAGGACUACUUACGUAUUUCUCCUGAAUUUUUUACUAACAUACGUUGAGAGAUGAAGAUGGAGAUAAGUUGCAGUUUAUUAAAAGUCUUAAAUCAUUAUGUGCAUUUGACUAAUCAUUAUCAAAUUAACGAAAACUGCUUAUUGACUAGCUAAAAGCUCAUUACUAUGAUCAAAAAUUUAUUAAAAUUUUCUCAAAUACGUU